UAUGCAGUGUCAUCACUAUAUAAAGCUCAUCGGGAUGCCUAUUGCAUUAUUAUUAAACUUUGGCCAAUGGGGUUGUCAAAGCAAUAUCUGUGCAUUGGCUUUGGCCUGUUGUUCAUCUUAGGAGCUUGGACUUGUGAAUCCAUGGCUCGGACCGUCCACAAGCCACCAAUGUAUCGGAAGCAUGAACAAUGGAUGACUCGUUAUGGACGAGUGUACAAAGAUGAUAAUGAGAAGGAGAUGCGUUACAAAAUAUUCAAAGAAAAUGUUGAGCGGAUAGAUUCUUUUAACAGUGACACAAGACGUUCUUACAGACUUGGUGUCAAUCAAUUUGCAGAUCUUACAAAUGAAGAAUUCAACACAGCAAGGAACAGAUUCAAAGGUCAUAUGUGUUCUGCCCAAGCAGGUCCUUUUAGAUAUCAGAAUGUUACUGCCGUACCUGCUACCAUGGACUGGAGAAAGAAAGGAGCUGUCACACCUAUCAAGGAUCAAGGCCAAUGUGGUUCUUGUUGGGCAUUUUCAGCAGUAGCAGCAGUGGAAGGAAUCGCUCAGAUAAAAACUGGAAAAUUGAUUGCCCUUUCAGAGCAAGAGCUUGUUGACUGUGAUAACAAUGGUGAGGAUCAAGGCUGCCAGGGUGGUUUGAUGGAUGAUGCUUUUAAAUUCAUUGAAAAGCAUGGUCUAGCCAGUGAGGCUACCUACCCAUAUCAUGCAGCAGAAAGCGCUUGCAACACCAAGGAGGAAGCCAAACCUGCAGUUAAGAUAACUGGGUAUGAAGAUGUGCCUGCAAAUGAUGAAGCUGCUCUACUGAAUGCCGUUGCAAACCAACCAGUUUCUGUUGCCAUUGAUGCUAGUGGAUUUGAGUUUCAAUUCUAUUCAAGUGGAAUCUUCACAGGGUCUUGUGGAACUGAACUAGAUCAUGGUGUUGCUGCUGUUGGUUAUGGAGUUAACGAUGGGAACAAGUUUUGGCUGGUGAAGAACUCAUGGGGAACACAGUGGGGUGAAAAAGGAUACAUAAGAAUGCAGAGAGAUAUAGCUGCAAAAGAAGGCCUCUGUGGCAUAGCAAUGCAAGCCUCUUACCCUACUAUGUAGCUUUUAAUAUUUUCUCCAUUGGUUGUGUACUAUCUAAGCAACAACCCAUAACUUCCUUAUAUCAGAAAGGCGUCUGCACAUCUGUUACCAUAUAAUAUAAGUGAAAAUUAUCUAUGGCUUCUUAAUAAA